AUGAAAGCUGAAAAGAAACAGAAAGAGAAAGAAGCUAAAGCAGCCAGCAAGCAACCUGAAAGCAAACCAAAGGAUGCCAAACAGACGAGCGCCGAAGCUGAUGAAGAAAAUCUUGAUCCUAAUCAAUACUUCAAGAUAAGAAGUCAAGCUGUUGCCAAGCUAAAAAAUUCGGAUAAUCAUCCCUAUCCGCACAAGUUUCAUGUCUCAAUAUCUUUGCCACGCUUCAUUGAGAAAUACAAUCUUCUACAACCUGGCGAUCGAUCGGAAGACGUUGUCAGUAUUGCAGGUAGAAUUUACGCCAAGAGGGCGUCCGGCCAGAAACUGAUUUUUUACGAUUUAAGAGCAGAUAGUGUUAAAGUUCAGGUUAUGGCUGAUGCUAGACAGUGCCAGCAGGACUUCUUAGAAGUUAAUGGAAAUAUCAGGCGAGGUGACAUUGUUGGCUUCAAGGGCAAUCCAGGUAAAACUAAGAAAGGUGAACUUAGUAUCAUACCUACUGAAACAACACUGUUGUCUCCAUGCCUACACAUGAUGCCUCACUUACACUUUGGUGUUAAGGACAAGGAAACACGAUUUAGACAACGUUACUUGGACCUUAUGAUUAAUUCGGUUAGCUGUUCUAAGUUCGUUACUCGCGCUAAGAUAAUCGAAUACAUACGACGAUAUUUUAUGAAUCUGGGAUUUUUGGAGGUAGAAACCCCGAUGAUGAACGCUAUUGCUGGUGGUGCUACAGCUAAGCCAUUCAUCACUCACCACAAUGAUUUAAAUAUGGAUUUAUUCUUGAGGAUAGCUCCAGAGCUUUAUCUAAAGGAACUAGUCGUUGGAGGUUUGCAUCGUGUGUUUGAAAUUGGAAAAAACUUUCGAAAUGAAGGAAUCGAUUUAACGCACAAUCCCGAGUAUACUUCGUGCGAAUUUUACAUGGCAUUUGCAGAUUACACCGAUUUAAUGUCUAUAACGGAACAACUAUUGCACGGUAUGGUCAAAUCAGUUAGAGGAAGUCACCAAAUUGAGUACCACCCAGAUGGACCUGAAGGGGAGACGUGGACGGUAGAUUUUACUCCUCCUUUCCGGAGAGUAAACAUGAUAGAGGAAUUAGAGAAUGUUUUAAAGGUUAAAUUUCCUGCGGCAACCGAAUUGCAUACAGAAGAGACUAGACAGUUCCUUUCCGAUCUAUGCGAUAAGCAAGGAGUUGAGUGUAAUCCUCCGCGAACUACGGCUAGGCUUCUUGAUAAGCUUGUUGGUGAAUAUAUUGAAUCCCAAUGUAUAAAUCCAACGUAUAUAGUUGGUCAUCCGGAAAUUAUGAGCCCUUUAUCUAAAUGGCACCGCUCAUGUCCAGGACUAACUGAACGUUUUGAGUUGUUUAUGUGUAAAAAGGAAAUUGUUAACGCCUACACGGAGUUAAAUGAUCCUAUAGUCCAAAGGGAAAGAUUUAUGAUGCAAGCUAAGGAUAAAGCUGCCGGUGAUGAUGAAGCUCAGCUCGUUGAUGAAAAUUUUUGCACUGCGUUGGAAUACGGAUUGCCACCUACUGCAGGAUGGGGAAUGGGAAUUGAUCGCGUAGUAAUGUUUUUGACCGAUUCUAACAACAUUAAGCUCCACCAGAUAAAACUGUUACCUUUACAGCUACACAUACGAUCUCGGCGUCUGUAA